AAGGCCAUGCGUGUUGCACUACGACCACGCAGUGGUUGCCUGGUGCUCUGUCUGUGCCUGUCAGUCUUCACUCUGCUGCUACAGAGCCUCUGGGUGCCACUGGAGAUAACCACGGAUGAACCUGCUGGGAGGUCACCUGAGGAACAGGGUCAGCGUGGCCUUGGCUUUCGUAGGCUGGCUCUGCGCCUGGAGGCUUUGAGCACUCAGGUGCAGAGGCUGAGCAGAGAGAGAGACGUCACCCAGCUGAGCAGAGAUGAUCUCAGUCUGCUGCUGCAGAGCUUUAGACAGGACCAGCAAAGCUUGGCCCGGCUGGUUGAGAGGGAGCUUAAGAGAGUGUCCCAGAGGCUUGAUCAGCUCAGCCGUCACCACCACCAACAGCAUCAGUCUCACACACUGCCACCACAUGAUGACCACAGAGCACACAUAGGGCCCAAUGAGUGUGAGGUGCCAAUGGAUACUGCAUAUCCGGUGUGUGCUGAGAAAGUGGAGUUUCUGCAGGCACGUUGGCAGUCAGACCCCUGCUAUGCCUUUUAUGGGGUGGAUGGUACCACCUGCUCCAUAUUGACUUACCUCAGCCAAAUAGAAGACUUUUGUCCCUCUCGCCUUGGAAGGAACCACUCUGCACUGCCAUGGCACAAGAAACCUCACACCUGUACAGAGAAGGCUGAGAUACGUACAUCCCUGGGCCAACUAUAUGAGGUCAUCAGCAACAACAGUGGCCCUGCAGUAAACUUUAUCCGUUCCAGAGUGGAGAGGAUGUCUGAACCGUGGAUACAGGCUGGUCUGAGGAUGAGGCGGAGCAGCAACAAGACGGUGUCGAACCAGAUGAGGGUGCUGCUUUAUCCAGGUGCCCUGGCUGGGAGUGUUGGUCAGCGUUUUGAAGCUAUGGUGGAAAGAGGGGGACCUCUAGGGGAGCUGGUCCAAUGGGCUGACCUCAGUGCCUGUCUGACAAUCCUGGGCCACAACCUAACCUUCAGUACCUCACAGCAGCAGCUCCACAGCCUGAUAGGUGCUGCUCCUGGCCGUGGCAGUUGUCCAAUCAAGAGGCCCCUGACCUUUGACCUCAUCUAUACGGACUACCAUGGCCUUGCUCACCUUCAAGGAGCCAUGGGACUGGCUUUCCAACAUUACCAGUGCCGCUUCAGAAUCCUGGACUCUUUCGGCACUGAACCUGCCUUUAACUUGGGGAGCUAUGCACAAAGCCAUGGGUAUAAAACACUGUGGGGCAGAUGGGGUCUCCAGCCUCUGCAGUAUAUGACCAUGUUCCCUCACACUCCUGAUAACUCCUUCCUGGGCUUUGUGAGUGAGGAGGCAGCGAGGGCGGAGGUGAGAGAGGAGGAGCUGGAGCCAGAGACCUACAGGAAAGACAGGAUAGCAGUCGUCUACGGCAAACAGGACUACAUGUGGCAGGGUAAAUCUGAAUAUGUGGAGGUGAUCAGUGAGGAGCUGGAGACCCAUGCCACAGUCUACCAGCCUCCGGGACACACCUCGAAUCUGCCCAGCUUCGUCAGAAACCACGGCCUGCUGACUCAGGAACACUUCCUGCGGCUUCUCCGCAGAGCCAAGGUGUUUGUAGGUCUUGGUUUCCCCUACGAGGGUCCAGCACCCAUUGAGGCGAUAGCUCUGGGCUGUGUCUUCCUUCAACCACAAUUUGACCCACCACACUCAUCAGACAACAAUGACUUCUACAAGGGCAAACCCACCACAAGACAGAUCUCCUCCCAGCACCCAUAUGCAGAAGAAUUCAUCGGCAAACCUCAUGUGUGGACUGUGGACAUGACCAACAGGACCCAUGUACGGGAGGCAGUCAAAGCUAUUCUCAGCACAGAGGUGAAGCCUUUCACCCCCCGAGAGUUCACCUGUGAGGGAAUGCUGGAGCGGGUUCAUGCUUAUAUCACUCACCAGGACUUCUGCAGUAAAUCUGUCCCCUCUUGGCCGCCAGCAAGCGCUCUGAGGAUGCACCUGGGUCCCCUGGGUCAGUCAUGUGUCAGCGCGUGUCGACGCUCCAAUCUGGUGUGUGACCCUGCUCUGUUUUACCACCUCAACAGUCCCUCUGCGUUUACCAGGCUCGGACUAGGCUGCUCCAGCAUGGAGCAAGAAGUCAACCACCUGUUUCCUGCCUACAGCCCUUGGGGUCGACACUGUGGCCUUCAGCAGGAGCCUCUGCUGUUCAGUUGUGCCGGCUCUGACCCCUCCCAUCGCAGACUGUGUCCCUGCAGAGCUCACCUACCUGGACAAGUGGCACUGUGCCCCGACUGCAUCUAAACAACAGUGUGGGCGAACUCAGGAAAUAGCACAGAGAGAAGAGGAAAAGGUGAUAUAACAAAGACAGCACCACAGAGCCAUCUUCACUACGUUUUAUAUGUAAAGAACUGAUUUCAACCAAAGAAACCAAGCUUUCCUGCCAAUGCUACUGAAGGUUUUGUGGCAUUCAUGUCAUACAGAGGCUGAAGGUGAAGUAUUAGUUGAGAAUAUAUGAGUUGAAAAUCAAGAAUUUUCAGUAAUGUGAAGGAGUAUUCUCAGUCAGCACCCUUGACAUUUAGUUUUUCAUAACAAUUUUGGAGUUAGAAAUUCAUCACAAACACAUCAAGCAAUUUCCACUUGUCCUGCAGGCAGCUGACACCAGUGAUUAAUAAUUAUUAAAAUAAGAUGAGAGAGGUUGUGCCAAGUGGAUGAAAGUCUACUUCGUUUAAAUUUCUGUAGCUAGGACAAGAUUUUGUCUUGUUUUGUAAUGAUGGUUAUUACUCAGGAACCUAAAAUGAAUGACACUUUUUAAGUACUUGAAAUGUUGAAGGGUAAUGAAUUUAAGGCCUGGUGUCUCAUGGUGCCCAAUAAAAUCCCACU